AAGAGGAUGAUGAUAUAAAAUUAUGGCGUGAAUGUAAUGAUGGGUUAUACUGGACACAAAAAAGUUGUCAGUUGAAAAAGGAACAAUUUGGCAUUAUUGGAAUACAAGUGACUGGAUGUAGGUUAAGUUUGAAUGUUCUUAUUAGAGACGAACUUGAAAUCCAUCGAUAUUAUAAAUUACAUGAAGCAGAAAUCCCUAUUCGAUAUUCCAACGAUCCUUCCAUUUUAGCUGAUUUUAUAUAUACUUUAUUAUUAUUCUGCAAUACAUUAAUAGUUAAUAUGUCUCUAUUACGCAGUGCACAUGAUCGCAGAUCAAAUAGAAAUUUAGAUAGUUUAACGGUGACACCCCCUUCUUCUAAUUAUUAA